CAGACAGAAGUCUUGACUUGAAGAGAUAAAAAUAACUAAUUCAAAACAAUGGAGGGUGAAUGCAAGGUACAGCUGGACGUCGCUGCCGACACAGAAGCCAGGACAACACAGAGUGUCAAACCCAACUCAAAGCUAACCACUGCCCUGCUGGUGUUCACACUCUGCCUCGCUGCUACUGCUGCUGCUGUUCUCGUCUUGAACAGGCACGCCAAGGGCCCAGGACAAGAUAAAGACAAUUUCAGUCACACACUGAGGCAAAUUUCACAUGUAAGAGCAGCCAUUCAUCUACAAGGAGAAUACAACCCUGACAUGAGGACCUCAGUGGAAUGGAAGAAUCAGGUGGACCAGUCCCACUCUCAAGGAGGGCUGGUACUUGACAACAACGAAAUAGUGAUUCCUCAAAAUGGCCUCUACUUCGUUUACAGCCAAGCAUCUUUCCGGGUCAGCUGCACCACCGACGCUGAUGACGCCACCUCAAGGCCCAUGGUCCAUCUGAGCCACACUGUGAAGCGUUGGUCCCGCUCAUAUGGUAAUGAUGACGAAAGGAAGACCUACCAGACCAUCCUGCACUCUGUCCGCACUGCCUGCCAAAAGACAGCCAGCAGUGAUCCAGAUCAGGAGGGGAGCUGGUUCUCUGCUGUGUAUAUGGGGGCUGUGUUCAACCUGAGCAGAGGGGACAGACUGAAGACAGUGAUGGAGGAGAAGAUGCUGCCAUCACUGGAGGACGAGCCAGGGAAGACUUUCUUUGGUGUGUUUGCCUUGUGAGAUGGGUUAGGGUUAUGGUUAAGGGCAACAGUUGAAGAUAUGAAUGAAUGUACAAGAAGAAAAGCAGGUUACAUGGUGGCUCCACUGUGAAGACUGCAGCCCGCCUCCCCCACCUGAACUCACACACACUGUCGAAUGUUAGGUGCCCACAGAGGGUUGACACUGCACUGAACAGUCAAUGCAACGUUUAAUUUAGACUUUACAAACUGACACCCAAACUUUAUAUGGCUGCAGUAGCAGUAGUAAAGUCGUUUAAAGUUUACUGUAGUUAUGUUAACUACAGCAGAGAACGAAAGCUAUAAAGCAAUGUAUUACCAUAGAUAAGACUAUGGUUCUUUAAUGUUAUGUACUAUGUACUGCCAUCUUAAUGUCCGUACCUUUUGCUGUACUGCGAUGCUAAAUCUCUACUGUCUUUGACAUUUGUACGAAUAAUAUUGCUACAUAUUUAUUGUGUCACUACAGGCAGACAGAAGUGGAUCUUAGAGAAUGUAUUUAUUUAACAUAACAUAAUCAUAUUUAUUUUAUUUAUUGAAUUAUUUAUUUGUAUGUGUACGUUUCCAUGUGUUUUUUUCUAAUGAAAGCCAUAAAUAUUGGAUUUAUGCAUAAUUUAUGAAAUUAUUUAUUGAUUCUU